AUGACUGGCGUCAAAACCGUGGACUUCACCAAAUCCUCCGGCGGCUACUAUGCUCCAGCAACACUUGCACCCACAAAUACCGAAGUCCUGUAUGUCUCGGGACAACCAGGUAGCACACGCGAAGGCAUUGUGCACGUAGACUAUGAGUCUCAGAUCCACCUAUCUCUCAAUAACCUUCGCAAAGUCAUGAUCAUUGGCGGAGUUACUGUGAAGGAUAUUCUCAAGCUCACACUUUUAAUAGUGAACUAUGACCACAAACAGCGCAAGCAUGCCCGGCCCUUAGAGAAGUUUCUUACUGGACAUCGCCCCGCCAUUACGUUGAUCCCUGUCGCUCAGUUGGCUAUACCUAGUUGGUUGUUCGAAAUCGACGCUGUAAUUGCUCGCCCGCCACCAUCGUCCUCGAUUCCCCGCCAACUGUCUUUCGGACCAGCAGAGAAAACCGUGGACGUGAUCAUCAUUGGUGCCGGGCUCGCUGGUCUGGCAGCAGCAACCGAGCUGCAACGAGCUGGCCGCUCAUUCAUAAUUUUGGAGGCAAGAGAUCGCGUUGGUGGCAAAACAUGGUCACAACCGUUUCCAGAUGGAGAGCAAGGAGUUGUCGAUGUUGGUGCUGCUUGGAUAAACAGCACAAAUCAGAGCAAGAUGUAUGCCCUAGCGAAGAAGUAUGGUGCAGAAAUCUUGGAGCAAAACACCACUGGAAAGUGCGUACUACAGGAUACUGAUGGGAAGUGUUCUACCUUUGAAUAUGGAGAUCUUCCAAAGUUUGAUGCCGCGAUUGUCAAAGACGUUGCCCGAAUCCGCGAUAUGGUUGAAACCGAUUGCCAGACUCUUGAUCCCACCCGACCACAAAACGCCGAUUGGGACUUGGUGACCUUUGAAGCUUACUUGAGAUCCAGAGGCGCUAGUACCGAGGCUCUCGCCACCGCUACAGUAUGGACUCGCGCCAUGCUUGGUCAGGAUCCUAAAGAUAUCUCCGCUCUGUACUUCCUCACUUAUUGUAGAUCGGGUGGUGGUCUACUCCAGAUGCGUUCAGAUCGUUUAGGAGGUGGACAGCAUCUCCGUAUCCGUCAGGGUACGCAGCUGUUUUCCCUUGGCCUCGCCAAAGAUCUUCACGAGGAAACUAUUUAUUUGUCUACCCCUGUCAGCUCCAUUACACAGAAUGGAACUUCCUCCGAUAUUGAGGUAACAACAACAAAUCAAAAAAAAUAUCGUGCACGUAAAGUCAUCACUACUGUACCUAGUCCAGUGCUGAAGACAAUCAGCUUCACGCCUGAUUUGCCAUCUUCGAAGAAAUUAUGGUCAGAAUCCACAGUGUACGGCUAUUAUACGAAAGCCAUGAUGACCUUUCGGACGCCCUUCUGGGUUGAGAAAGGAUACUGCGGACUGACGCAAUCGUUCACUGGACCUGCUUCUGUGAUCCGCGAUACCAGCAGUCUGCCAGACCAGAAACACGUUCUAACUUGUUUCAUGGCCGGCGAUCCCGGACGGGCCUGGGCGGCAUUAUCGACGGAAGAGCGCGAAAAAGCCCUCAUAAAACAAAUUGGCCAACUGUUCGGUUCCGAAGUCGAAGCAUCUGGUGAGUUCGUCAACAUGAUGACAUAUGAGUGGUUAUCAGAUCCAUACUCGGGUUGGGGUUGCCCAUGCGCAUCACUCGCACCAGGUGUAAUGAACACCCUUGGUGGAAGUGGACUGCGUGAACCGUUUGGAAACUUACAUUUCGCGGGCACAGAAACAGCCGUUAACUGGCGAGGCUAUAUGGAAGGAGCUGUUGAGAGUGGAGAACGCGCUGCUGCUGAGGUCAUUCAGGGGUUAAAUGCUGGAGAGCUAGCACGGUUGUAG